CUGAGAUUCCCGCAAUCCACCCCCAUGGGGACUUGUCGCUCCAAUGAACAUCUAGUGUCUCGUGCUCCUGUUUCUCGGUACUGGCAAAAACUUGGAUACCCGCUUUCUCUCAGUGACGCCUCAUAGGGAGAGGAGUAGUCCAUCUCCUUGAGUUGUGUGGCCUGUUUGCUUGGCCGCUUUCGAGCCGUCAUCGGAUACAGCACCCUCGGUCUUCGCCUCGAGGGUGGGCUGUUCAGUUCGAAAGCGGGAAGGGGUCACGGUGCGGUUAGUGGGCGUUGAGCAAUAUCGAGAUGCCACUUACCCAGAACCAUCUACCGAUUUAUUAUAAGUACACUUGCCCCGGUCCCAUUACCCAAGAAUCAUGGGAUGCAGCAAGCCGGCAUCUCGGUAGCGACAACCAGGCCCUCCAAUCUUUUUCGAGUGUUGCACAUUCUUUUCUGACUCAUACUAUACCUAACUUGCAACGAAGUCAUGGAUCUGAAGCAGAAGGAGAGUCACGGCGUUGAUCACGUCGAUGUUGCAACUAUGGACGAUCCACAUCUACAGCCACCCGAAGCAUCGACGCUGCCGUGGUUCAAGCAGACAGAGUUGAGGAAGCUCUACUUCAUGAUGGUCUUCCUCUUUCUGGGAUCGACGACACUGGGUUACGACGGAAGCUUGUUAAACGGACUUCAAACCAUGCAGUCAUGGCAGACCUUCUUCGAUCACCCCUCAGGAAGUCGACUCGGAAUCUUCGGUGCCAUGCCAGGCUUUGGCGGCCUCUUCGUCCUCCUCUUCGCACCCUACAUCGCCGACGGCCUCGGCCGAAAAUGGGGCACCGCCAUCGGCUGUCUCCUCGUCAUCCUCGGCGCACUGCUGCAAUCUUUCCCCUUUGGAUCCAGUAGGGAUGCCAUGUACCUCAUCGGUCGCUUCAUCAUGGGCGCUGGAUCCAACAUUUCCAAUGGCACAUGCCCCCUUCUCAUCACCGAAGUGGCACAUCCUCAGCAUCGUGGCAAGGUUACGACGCUCUAUAAUACGCUGUGGUACUUAGGCAGUAUCAUUGCAGCCUGGUCGUGCUUCGGAACACUCACGAAACAGUCCGGCGAUCUACAAUGGCGACUCCCCACCGGAUUGCAGUGCAUGAUGCCAGGUAUCCAGUUGAUGGCCAUCUGGUUCCUUCCCGAGAGCCCGAGAUGGCUGAUCAGCAAGGGCAAGGAGGCCGAGGCGAAGAAGGUUCUCAUCAAAUACCAUGGUAACAACAACGAAAACGACGAAUUUGCGCAUUGGGAGUUUGCCGAGAUUACUAGCACUCUGCGGCUUGAGAAGGAAGCCUCGGCUCAGAGCGGUUGGAUGGAACUCGUCCGGACUCCAGGAAACCGCAAGCGUUGCGGGCUCAUUAUUGCAACCGCCAUCUUUUCCCAGUGCAGUGGUAACGGCCUGGUGUCAUACUAUCUCGCCGUUAUUCUGGGCACUAUUGGCAUUAAGGACUCCAUCACACAAUCAUACAUCAACGGUGGCCUUACCAUUUGGUGCUGGCUUGUCUCGCUCACUGCCGCCUUCUUCGUCGACCGAAUCGGACGCCGAGUCCUCUUCCUCUUCGCCGGCGUCGGCAUGCUCAUCUCAUUCUCCAUUUGGACAGCCUGCAGCGCAGUUUACGCCCAAACUCAGUCUUCGUCGGCCGGCAUCGCCGUUGUGGCCAUGAUCUUCGUCUUUUACGGUGUUGCGGGAGCGGCUUGGCCGGGGUUGACAGUUUCCUACACCGUUGAGAUCCUGCCGUACAAUAUUCGCGCCAAGGGUCUCACUCUGUGUUUCUGCUUCACUGCACUGAGUGGUGUUUUCAACCAGUGGGUCAACCCGCUGGGACUUGAGCAGCUGGAGUGGCACUUUUACUUCGUCUACAUCGCCAUUCUGGUAAUCGAGUGUCUGGUCAUAUACUUCUUUUUCGUGGAGACGAGGGGUCCCACGUUGGAGGAGAUUUCGAUGCUCUUUGACGGCAAAGAUUCUGCGGCUGGAGUUGCGAGGGUUCACGCUCAGGCAAAGGUUGAGGAAGUUGAGAAGAGAGAAAACGCAUAAGCAUAAGCCGUCAUUUUUAUAGAGCAAGCAAAAACCGAGUGUCAGUGAAAGCCAGCAUUCACGUUGGCUUAGAAUCUACUGCUAUAGUUUGAAGACGUUUCAUAGUCCGGCAUCGCCGCCGGGCCAAUUGGCGUGGGCGUGACUAGAACCACACAUACUUCCUGUUCUACAGUGUUCAAUUCCACUCAAUUAGGAAUUCUGCA